AUGCAAUCAGAGAUAAAAAAUAUACCAUUAAAUAAUGGAAGAUAUAUCACCCAAUAGAAACUAGGUAGUGGUUCUUUUGGAGAGAUCUAUUUGGUGACCACUUAGUAGAAUGACAUAUUGGCAGCCAAAUUUGAAGAAGCUAAGUCCAAACAUCCUCAGUUAGUUUUUGAAGCUAAAGUUACAAAAGCAUUAGCAGGAGGAAUUGGUAUUCCAGCAUUGCAUUAUUUUGGAUAAGAGGCAGGAUUGAAUGUAAUGGUAAUUGAUUUACUGGGUCCAAAUUUGGAAGACUUAUUCAGUUUGUGUCAAAGAAAGUUUUCAUUAAAAACUGUCAUCAUGUUGGCAGAUCAAAUGAUCCAAAGGGUUGAAUAUAUGCAUUCUAAAAGCUUCAUACAUCGAGAUAUCAAACCAGAUAACUUUCUUAUAGGGUUAGGAAGGAAAUCCAAUACAGUGUACAUUCUAGAUUUUGGUUUGAGUAAGAAAUAUAGAGAUGCUAAGACUCAUUAACAUAUCCCAUAUAGAGAAAAUAAAAAUCUUACAGGAACAGCUAGAUAUGCCAGCAUUAAUGCACAUCUUGGUAUAGAACAAUCCAGGAGAGAUGAUUUAGAGGCUAUCGGAUAUGUUAUGGUGUAUUUAUUAAGAAGUUAUUUACCUUGGUAAGGAAUCAAAGCAAAUAACAAAUAAGAAAAAUAUCAUAAAAUUAUGGAAAAGAAAAUGACCACUCCAGUUGAAGUCUUAUGUAAGACUUUGCCUAUUGAAUUCUCAACCUACUUAAAUUAUUGUAGAUCAUUAAGAUUUGAAGAUAAACCUGAUUAUAGUUUUCUCAGAAAAAUAAACAUGGAUAUGAUUGGGAUUAUUAAAUAUGAUUGGUGUUUGGCUAUAAAUGGAUAAAAGACUAAUACAUAUAAUAAUGGUAAGAUAACUAUUCAAGUUAAUGCUAAUCAAUAUGAUGCUGAUGAAAAUCAACCCCCAAUUACGAUUUAAAUUAAUGAGAAAGUUUAAGAUAAAUAGGCUGUUGAAUCUAAAAUAACAGACAAUAAAUUUUAAAGGGUUUAGAACCCAGAUAAUGACAUUGAUUAAACUGAAUAAAUUGCAAGAAAUCUAAUGGGAAAUGAAUAAUUUAAUAAAUAAUAGGAAUAAAUUAAAAAGAAUCUUAUGGGUGAUAGUGAAAUUAAAUUAUCAAUCCCUAAUAAUACUAAUUAAUAGAAUUAGGCACCAAUUGAAACAGUUUUCAAUCCAAGAGUCAUUAUUUAAAAAAAAACUAUUUAUGAAAGAUUAGGAUAAAGCAUGGCUAUUGAUUUUACUGUUGAUAAGCUACUACAAAAAUUAUCGAAUGACCCAAAACUAAAGAAUUUCUUUGUAAAAGCAGACAUGAAAAAGCUGAAUUCUUAGAUGUAAGCCUUUCUCACUAUGCUUUUUGGGGGACCUUCUAAUUAUAUGGGAAGAGAUAUGCUAGAAGCUCAUAGAGGAUUAGGAAUCGAUGAUACUCAUUUUAAUCUUGUAGUCAAACAUUUAAGUGACACUCUUGUAAACUUGGCACUUCCAUAAGAAAUUGUAGCUGAAGUAGUUGAGGUAUGCGAAGCUCUAAGGGAUGAUGUACUUGGAAAAGAGUGA